AUGCCUAUAGACCCCAAACCCUUCUAUAUUCAGAAAGCCUCUACUUCAAUCAUUGCCCUCACAAACAAGACUCCCUUUGAUAACCACUUAUUCGUACGAAUCAACCAAAUGUACCCAACCCGAAGCGCUGGAUCUUUUGCAAUCCUCACAGCCCUAAAGAAAGUCCUCGGACCAAACGCCUCCCUCUUAAGGGAGGUUUAA